AAAUUGCACAAAAAGUGGCUGACCCUCGCAUAGCUUAGUUUCCAGCUGGGAAACGUUUUAUUUAUCUACGAGCGUGCAUUUAUCUGCGUGUGAAAACCUCAAUGAAACAAAGGGAGAAAUUAACGGUGUACUUGCCCAGCCUAUUUACGUGGCUAUAUACAUAAAUAUAUGAAGUAUCUGUGAGAUCUUGAAAUCCCUGGUGAUAAAGUGUAAAUGUUUGCCCUGCAUUGCAGUAAUCUCUUACAACAAAGUGGCUUUUUUAAGUGGCCUUCUUUCGAGUUCCAUUUCCAUGGCCUCUAUCAGCUGUUUGGCACAUGGCAUUGGAAGUGCGGGUGUGCGUAUGUAUGUAAAUAGUAUGUACAGUACGUACGUGUGUGCAAGGGUGACAGCUGUCUCCCCAGGGAGAGCAAUGUAAAGGCUGAGAUGAGCAACACUUCGGAAAGUUGUUCCAUCUCAUGCGGUGGUCGAUUCGGAUCGGCGCACUCGACCCUGGAUGAUCACGAUGCUACGGAUGACGACAUGACCUUCUGCAUGUCCAACUACGCCAAGGAGGCCCUGAAGAUGAUGUACAUGAUGCGUUCGCACGGCAUGCUCACGGACGUGGUGCUGGAGGUGAAGAAGGAGCUCUUUCCCGCCCACAAAGUGGUGCUGUCGGCGGCAUCGCCCUAUUUCAAGGCCAUGUUCACGGGCGGACUCAAGGAGUCGGAGAUGUCGCGCGUCCAGCUCCAAGGGGUGUGUCCCACGGCCAUGUCCCGCAUCCUCUACUUCAUGUACACCGGCCAAAUACGUGUGACUGAGGUAACGGUGUGCCAACUCCUGCCCGCGGCCACCAUGUUCCAAGUGCCAAACGUAAUCGAUGCCUGCUGUGCCUUUCUGGAGCGCCAAUUGGACCCCACGAAUGCCAUUGGCAUCGCCCACUUUGCUGAGCAACACGGCUGUGUUGAGCUGCAAAAGAAGGCCAAUGUGUUUAUUGAGCGGAAUUUCACUCAGGUGUGCCAAGAGGAGGAGUUCCUGCAGCUCUCGGCAUAUCAGUUGAUUGCCCUGAUACGAAGGGAUGAACUGAAUGUGCAGGAGGAGCGAGAGGUUUACAAUGCUGUGCUAAAGUGGGUGAAAUACGACGAGGACAAUCGACACUGUAAAAUGGAACACAUUUUGGGCGCUGUCCGUUGCCAGUUCCUUACGCCCAACUUCCUCAAGGAGCAGAUGAAAAACUGCGAUGUUCUGAGAAAGGUGCCCGCCUGUCGGGAGUAUUUGGCCAAGAUCUUCAAGGACUUAACGCUGCACAAGUGUCCAGGUGUCAAGGAACGAACCCCCAACACCACUCGGAUGAUAUUUGUCGCCGGUGGCUUUUUCCGUCACUCACUGGACAUUCUGGAGGCCUACAAUGUAGACGACAAGACGUGGACGACACUGUCAAAUCUACGCAUUCCAAGAUCUGGCUUGGGUGCUGCCUUUCUCAAGGGCAAGUUCUAUGCGGUUGGAGGCCGAAAUAACAACAUUGGAUCUUCCUACGAUUCGGAUUGGGUGGAUCGCUAUAGUGCAGUCACCGAAACAUGGCGUCCCUGCGCUCCCAUGUCCGUGCCACGCCAUCGAGUGGGCGUGGCCGUGAUGGACGAGCUGAUGUACGCCGUGGGCGGAUCCGCGGGCAUGGAGUACCACAACACGGUAGAAUACUAUGACCCCGAAUUGGAUCGCUGGACUCUUGUACAGCCGAUGCAUGCCAAGCGCUUGGGCGUGGGUGUUGUGGUGGUCAACCGUCUGCUUUAUGCCAUCGGAGGUUUCGAUGGAAACGAGCGCUUGGCCAGCGUGGAGUGCUACCAUCCGGAGAACAACGAGUGGAGCUUUCUGCCGCCACUACAAACGGGUCGCAGUGGAGCGGGUGUUGCUGCAAUUAACCAGUACAUCUACGUUGUUGGCGGUUUCGAUGGCACCCGUCAACUAGCCACCGUGGAGCGUUAUGAUACCGAAAAUGAUACUUGGGACAUGGUGGCGCCAAUUCAAAUCGCACGCAGUGCUCUCUCGCUGACUCCGCUGGACGAAAAACUUUACGCUAUUGGUGGAUUCGAUGGCAACAACUUCCUGUCCAUAGUCGAGGUCUACGAUCCACGAACGAAUACCUGGACAACAGGAACACCACUGAAAUCGGGUAGAUCGGGCCAUGCGUCGGCGGUUAUUUAUCAGCCGGCGUGUUCCACCACGUUUAUGGACUACGAAGAUAGUGACGCCCCACAGCCGGAUGGAAGUAACAACGGGGAAAGGGAUGUACAUACAGCACAAAACUCGUACGGCAGUGGGAGUCCAAAUUAUCCUGGGUCGGCGUCCAACAUGCAGUUUCAUACUUCAUACGGAAUGAGCGGCUGCAACAAUUGUGACUCGGAUAUGGAUAUCAAACCAGAUAUUCCUGCAGAACACCAUAGUUUUCAAAUUCCCGCCAUCAGAUCAGAGGAGCUAGUCAAUCCAAACUGUCCUUGGUCCAGAAUGCAAGAAAGAUUUCGAAGAACUCCACCAGCGUCUUUCUCAGAGGAUGAGAGAAAUGCUAAUGAUAAGCGGCAAAAAUUCUAUAAAGCGCAAAAACAAUGUUUAUUAAGCACAGCAGCGAAAGUUUUCCACAAUCACAUCGAAGGUCGCCUGCGAAAACUCACGAGUGCAGCCACAUGACAAUACGAAUCCGAGCCUCACGCUUAUCCUCAACCAAAAACAUCAUUCAUUGUACAAAGCCUGAUCGUAUUCCUUAGAAUUCCAUGUUGAGAAGCAGCAUUCCAAUCCAUUGUAAUAUUACUAGUGUGUUCGCAAGGUGAUAAUUAGUCAAAGCGUUUUUAUGGCAUCCAUAACAUAACUGGCGCUCGUCAGCCCAUUUUAAAAAGAUUGAUUAGGGUUAAUAGUUGAUUAGUGGGAGGAAAGUUCGUAUUUUACGUAUUUUGUAGGUAUCCAAACUGAUAGAUUGCGUAUUGUACUUUUUUAACGUAGGAUAAUUAAAGGAAUUAUGUGCAUCCAAAAUAGGCUUUAAGAAAAGAAAACAAAUAAUUUAAGUAAAAUAAAAAAAAAACAUAUUUUACAAAGUU